CCAUCGACGGGCUGGGCAGACGUGCAGCUGAUCAUCCCGUCCCCAGAAUAUCCCCAGCCACCCAAACCCCAUCGUCAAAGCGGCGCCGAAGAACUCAGAAGCCAUCCGGCCCGGCCACGCCAUGAAUCACCUCCUGCUCCCCUCCCCGCUCCCUCUCCUCCUCCACCGCCCCUCCAGCUCCAAGCCUCUCCUCCUCCCGCACACCCUCCACCGCCGCCACUUCACCCCCAAAGCCGCACCGGACGGCAACUCCGGCGACAGCCCCACGGCCGCCGCGCCCGAGCCCACCACGGACGCCGCACCCUCUGCCGCGCCCGCGUCCAGCUCCAAGCCCACCAACGUCAAGGACCGCCUCCGGUCCAGGAACCAGUCCCGCCGCGUGCAGGACGCGUACCCCGUGGAGGUGAGGAUGAUGAAGGGCAAGGAGAAGAGGAACGAUUCCGCGGGGCCGAGGAGGGAGAAGCCGCAGGCGCAGCGGCGGAGGAAGGAGUGGGACGAGAUGAGCCUGGGCGAGAAGGCCCUGGAGCUGUACGUCGGCGAGAAGGGCGCGCUCUUCUGGCUCAACAAGUUCGCCUACGCCUCCAUCUUCAUCAUGGCCGGCGCCUGGAUCCUGUUCCGCUUCGUCGGCCCCGCCACCGGGCUCUACCAACUCGACGCGCCGCCGCUGGCGCCCACGGACGUCUUGCGUGGCUCGUAGAGACUAGAGAGAGCGUCGUUUCGAGUGCCCCCCUAGCUUUCUAGAUAGAUAGUGCGGCGGAUAAGGGGAUGGAUGGAUCAGCGAAGAAGAGGACUAAUUGUGUCUCAAUUAGCUUUCAUGAGCUGCUCUUAUGCUGAUGUGAUUAUGAACUUACCAUGGAUCGAUGAAUGUAUGAUUUCCCUGCGCAGUUUUGGGUUCGAUCUUUUGGUGGCAAUUGUGUAUGUAAUGUAAGUAGGGUACCGUGCAUCCUGAGUUCCUCUGAAUAAUUUAUACAGUUUUACAUA